AUGUCAUUUCAUGAUUUUCAAUUAUAUGUAUACAAAUACUUUAAAGGAAAACCUUAUGGUGGUAUUUUCGAAGGACGUAGACCAACUCUUUAUAUUUUUGACCCUGACCUCCUGAAAGCUAUAACAGUUCGCGAUUUUGAACAUUUUAUUGAUAGGAAUUCUAUUAACAGUAAUGAGCCGAGAUAUCUAAAACGGUCACUACUCAAUUUGAAGGGAUCAGAAUGGAAAAUUGUUCGAAGCACCAUAACACCAGCUUUCAGUUCUGCCCGAUUGAAAAACAUGUUGCCACUUAUUCAGCAAAGUUCUAACGAAAUGGUUAAAUUUUUACAACAAUAUGAUAAAUCUGAUGUUGAGAUGAAGGAUCUAGUGGGGCACUUAACACUAGAAGUUAUUGGUGCAUGUGCUUUUGGAAUCAAAACUGAUGCAUUAACUGAUGAAAAUGCUCAUUUUGUAAAGGUGGCUGAACAAUUUGGUUAUAUAUCACCAUCAAGGAAAAUACUUUUGCUGGUUUUUAUCAUGCUCUUUCCAAAAUUAAUGAAGUUCAUUAAUUUGUCCUUUGUGAACCCAGAAGUUGCCAAUGAGCUAGUAAAAAUUUUAAAAAUUACCAAAGCGGAAAGGAGAAAGGCCGAGUCUAAGAAAAGUGAUUUCUUACAACUUCUAAUUGAAGCGGCUGAGAAAGAAAAGCACGAAGCAGAAAAGACGGACGGAAUUAUACAUUUGGACGACGACACCAUAGACGCACAAUCAUUUCUUUUCUUAAUCGCUGGAUACGAAACGUCGAGCACGUUAUUGUCAUUCGGUAUUCAUACGCUAGCAAUUAAUCCUGAUAUCCAGGAAAAGCUGCGAGAGCAUAUUCAAGAAGUUACAAACGGAAGGGAAGUUUCUUACGACCUGUUAACAGAGCUCACUUAUCUUGAAGGAUUCUUACUUGAAACAUUACGCUUGCAUCCGCCACUCGGUAGGGUUGAGAGAACAUGCACAAAGGAUUAUAUCUUGCCCGGAACUAAUAUUACCAUUAAUGUCGGCGACGUCAUCGGCAUUCCUAUUUAUGGUAUGCAUAUGGACCCCGACAUAUAUCCUGACCCACACGAGUUCAGACCAGAACGAUUUAUGGGAGAUGAGAAAAAGAACAGACCCUCACACUUAUAUUUGGCUUUUGGUGCUGGACCAAGGAACUGCAUAGGUAUGCGUUUCGCAAUGGUCUCUGCGAAAAUAGCUAUGGUGUCACUGUUGCAAAACUUUAAAUUUUCUGCCUGUUCAAAAACUGAAAAUCCCGUAAGAAUAGACAAAUCAUCGAUGUUACUGAAACCUGCAUCUGGCUUAUGGGUGAAAAUAGAAAAACUG